AUGCCGAACGGGGACGGCCGCUGUUUGGCCACGCCCCUCGGGCUACUCCCCGUCCCGCCCCACGGGGCCGGGGUCGCCCCGUCCGGUCCGCCCGGCUCCGCUCGGCUCCGCUGCUCUGCUCGGCUUCUCCCGGUACCGUCGGGGGUUCCCGUGGCCGGUGUCGGGAUGCGGGCGGUGCUGCCGGUGCUGGCGGCGGUGCUGGCGAGCUCUCCGGGGCUGCUGCUCCGCCGCGCCCUGCGCCUCUACGGCCGCUCCGCCCGCCGCCUCUACGUGGGGACCAACGGGGUCAUCUCCACCCAGGAUUUCCCCAGGGAGACCCAGUACGUGGAUGACGAUUUCCCCACAGACUUCCCCGUCGUCGCCCCCUUCCUGGCCGACCUCGACACCUCCGGGGACAGAGGGAACAUUUACUAUCGGCAGGAUGACUCUCGGGACGUGCUGGACCAGGCUGUGGGAUACAUCCAGGCCGGGUUUCCCCGCUCUGCUGGCACCUUCGUGCCCACCAAUGUCUUCAUUGCCACCUGGGAGGACGUGGGCGCCUACCAGGAGCUCUCCCAGGACACCGAGCCCUCCACGAAGCUCAACACCUUCCAGGCAGUCAUAGCCUACAACGAUGAGGACACCUACACCAUCUUCCUCUACCCCAGUGGUGGCCUCCAGUUCCUGGGGACACGGCCCAAGGAGUCCUACAACGUCCAGCUGGAGCUGCCAGCCAGGGUGGGCUUCAGCUGGGGGGACGGUGAUGACCCCAAAAGGGACGGGCUCUUCCACAGCCUGGCCAGCAGUGAGCAGGCUCUGAGGAGCUUGGAGAGGGAGAGCAACACAGGAAUUCCUGGCGUGUGGGUUUUCCACGUGGGCAGCGCCGAGCAGGUGGAGCCGGGGGGUGGCGAGGGAGCUGCUCCUGCUGUGCCUCAGAGCCCCCCUGAGCACCCCAACCCUGGCACUGCCAGCUACCCCCACCCACUGUCCAGCCACACACCCAUGGCUCAGCGUCCCAGCCACGGAUCCGGCACCCCGGUGCUCCUGGGCUUUGUCCCAGCAGGGAGGAGGGACACCCAGGAGCGGAGCCACUGGAUGCAGCCCAGUGGGGACGGUGGCACCCGGCAGAGCCACUCUGCCAACCCCUCCUCCUACAGCUCCGGCCAGCACGGCGUGGGCGUGGAGGAGGACGUGCAUUUCAACCCUGAUGUGUUCACCUACAGCGCAGCCAGCAAGGAGACGUGUGCCCAGCACCACGGGCGCUGCUCCCCUCACGCCUUCUGCACCGACUACGCCACCGGCUUCUGCUGCCACUGCCGGGCCACCUUCUACGGGAACGGGCGGCAGUGCCUGCCCGAAGGGGCCGUGCAUCGCCUCAACGGGAAGGUGAGCGGGAGCCUGAGGGUGGGCCGGGCGUCCGUCCGCUUCCAGGACGUGGAUCUGCACGCCUACAUCGUGGGCAGCGACGGCAGAGCCUACACGGCCAUCAGCGGGGUGCCCCAGCCCGCUGCCCGUGCCCUGCUGCCCCUGCUGCCCGUCGGGGGGCUCUUCGCGUGGCUCUUCGCCGUGGAGGAGCCUGGCUCUGAGAACGGCUUCAGCAUCACGGGUGCUGAAUUCACCCAGAGCCUGGAGGUGACGUUUUACCCCGCUGGGGAGACGGUCCAGGUCACUCAGACAGCCGAGGGCCUGGGGCCGGACAAUUAUUUAAGCCUCAGGACACACAUCCAGGGUGAGGUGCCAUUCCUGCCGGAGAACGUCACCGUCCACAUCACUCCCUACAAGGAACUCUACUCCUACUCCAGCUCAGCCGUGACAUCCUCAGGCCAGCGGGAAUACGUGGUGGUGGCGGGCACUGCCAACCAGACCUUGUCCUACCGCCUGCGCCAGAACAUCUCCUUCUCGGGGUGCCCGCACGCGCGGCCGCCGGCGCGGCAGCAGCUCUCGGUGGCGCGCGCCUUCGCCCUCUUCGAUGGCCACGAGCACGUCCUGCGCUACGCCCUGGCCGCCCGAGUCGGCCCAGCACGAGAUGAGGCCGAGAACCCCGUGGUGAGCCCGUGCCACGAUGGCACCCACGCGUGCGAGGCGCCGGCGCGCUGCCAGCCCGGCGUGGGCACCGAGUACACGUGCGAGUGCACGGCCGGGUACCGCCAGGAUGGACGGGGCUGCCGAGACGUGGACGAGUGCGCCGAGGGUCUGAGCCAGUGCGGUCCCUUCUCCGUGUGCCUGAACGUGCCGGGCAGUUUCCGCUGCGAGUGCCGCAGUGGCCACCGGCCUGCGGGGGACGGGCAGGGGUGUGUGCCGCUGGCACCGCCGAGUGACCCGUGCGAGGACGGGCGGCACCCCUGCGCUCCGGGGGACCGGGCGCGGUGCCUGUCCCGCGGUGACGGCCGCGCCACCUGCGAGUGCCUGCCCGGCUACACCGGCGAUGGCAUCCACUGCUCCGACGUGGAUGAGUGUGCCCAAAGCCCGUGUCACCCGGCUGCCGUCUGCUACAACACCCCGGGCUCCUUCUCCUGUCGCUGCCGGCCUGGCUACGCCGGUGACGGCUUCCAGUGCACCUACGAAGGGAACCCGCAGCGCCUCACGCCCUGCCAGCACGAGCGGAUGUACCCGCGGGAGGUGGCACCCCUGGGUGACGGGCACGUACCCCAGUGUGACGAGCAGGGCCGGUACCGGCCCCUGCAGUGCCACAGCAGCUCCGGGCACUGCUGGUGCGUGGAUGCUGCNGGGCAGGAGAUCGCCGGCACCCGGACAGCGCCGGGCACCACCCCGCCACGCUGCGGGAGCCCAGAGCCCACGGAGCGGCCGCCCAGCAUGUGCGAGCGCUGGCGACAGAGUUUGCUGGAGCACUACGGGGGCAGCCCCCGCGGGGACCAGUACGUGCCACAGUGCGAGCCCAGCGGGGACUUCACCCCGCUGCAGUGCCACGGCGACAGCGGCUACUGCUGGUGCGUGGAGCAGAGCGGCAGGGAGAUCCCGGGGACGCGCUCCGAGCCUGGCACCACCCCUCCCUGUCUGCCCAGUGUGGCCCCGCCCAGUGUCCGGCCCGAGCCCCGUCCCGACGUGUCCCCCCCGGCCACGGGGACAUUUCUGCUCUACGCCCAGGGCCAGCAGAUCGGGUACCUCCCGCUGAACGGCACCCGGCUGCACAAGGAGGCGGCCAAGACGCUGCUGUCCCUGCAUGGCUCCAUCGUGGUGGGGAUUGACUAUGACUGCCGGGAGAGGAUGAUUUACUGGACGGACGUGGCCGGCAGGACCAUCAGCAGGGCGGGGCUGGAGCCAGGUUCUGAGCCAGAGACCAUCAUCAGCUCAGGGCUGAUGAGCCCCGAGGGGCUGGCCGUGGACCACCUGCGGCGGGCGCUGUUCUGGACAGACAGCGGGCUGGACAGGAUCGAGCGGGCGCGCCUGGACGGCUCCGAGCGCCGCGUGCUCUUCCAGAGCGACCUCGUCAACCCCCGCGCCAUCGCCGUGGACCCCGUCAGAGGGAACCUUUACUGGACGGACUGGAAUCGUGAAGCUCCCAAAAUCGAAACUUCCACUGUCAACGGAGCCAACAGGAGGGUUCUGGUGCACACAGACAUUGGUUUGCCCAAUGGCCUGACUUUUGAUCCCUUCUCCAAGCUGCUGUGCUGGGCAGAUGCAGGCACCAAGCACCUGGAAUGCACAUUCCCGGACGGCAGCGGCCGGCGCCUCAUCCAGAGCAACCUCAACUACCCCUUCAGCAUCAUCAGCUACGCCAACCACUUCUACCACACGGACUGGAGACGGGAUGGGGUGAUAGCUGUAAAUAAAGAAACAGGCUCCUUCACUGAUGAGUAUCUUCCAGAGCAGCGAUCCCACCUCUAUGGAAUCACAGCAGUUUAUCCCUACUGCCCUGGAGCCAGGAAAUAGGAACUCCAUUUUGAAGGAAACAACGAUCUUUGCACCCAGAGGAGUUUCAGACCCAGAGAACUGUCGCUGCAUACAAGGGGGCAGAAGUCCCUCACCAAGGCCAAUGAAGUGCCCUGCUUUCCUGCAAAAGAUUUUCAAAUAUUUUUUAUAGUUAUACCUCAAGACUUUACUACUGUAUUUUUUUACCAAGUGGAAAAUGUUGAUAUCACCAAAAAAACAAAAGGUCCUGGGAAGCUCAAGCCAUGACUCGAACUCUUGCUCGUGCAAGAUUUAAAAUGUAGCUUUUUUUUUUUUUUUUUUUACUCCACUGUUUUAUUUUAUUGGAAGAAGAAUGGAUUCAUUUUUCAUAGUUUUGACAAUCUGACCAAGAGGUCCUUUUAUCCAAAACCAAAAUAAAUUAAGUGCCUAUGGGAAGCUGUGGAUGCAGUAAAUUGCUGGGUCUAAAUAACAAAGAGCCCUGAAGACAGAGACUGUGAAUGCUCCAAAAUCCUGCAGAACAGGGAUGGGAUGUGGCAAAGGCACUGAAGAUUUUCCAGAAGAUGAUUCUGUGUUUUCACCACUGCCUCCAUGCAUGUCUUUUAGUAUUUAUAUUAGAAGAAUAUGCUAGAAUUGAUCUGUUCAUGCUUGUUGGGUCUUCCAAGUGACUUCCUAGACCUACCCAGUGUAGACCAAUACAUGUUCAGAAAUACCAGUUAUGUUGUAAUGCUUCACUUUUUCUAGGUUAUUUCAAUAAUUGAAUAAAAAAGGUUGGUUUAA